UGUCGGAUGGGGUGUGGAAGAUUAACAAAAGAGUAUCUGAAGUAAAAAUAAAGAGCAAUUGCACGUAGCCUAGGCCUCCUGGUACCUUUUCCAAAGCGGAUGUAACGCGUUGGGGUUCGUGCGUUCGUUCAAAGCGCUGGCAGCUCGGCGAGAGGGUGAACGUGGGAGAAGGCGCUGGCAAAAGACAGGGACCUGUAUUUUAAAGUGUGUGAAAGUCAAAGGCUCAACAAAAACCAUGGAGUUCGAAGAAAAGUUUCUUCGUCUCUUCGUCAUUUUCUCGACUCUACCAUUUCUGCUGCAUGCACAGCCUACAUUAAUAUCGGUCGGCGAAUCAAAGCGAUAACACACCGAAGUCUGUGAUGAUGUUCUUACACGGAGGAGGCUACUAUGGCGGCACAGGAGCUCUGUAUAACUUCACCAACGUUGCUCUGUACGACGUGGUGGUGGUGUCUGUCAGUUUCAGGCUUGACAUUUUUGGAUUUCUGUCUUCUGGUGAUGACGUCAUUCCCGGAAACUUUGGACUACUAGACAUCGCACUCGCCCUGGACUGGAUCAAGGAUAACAUCGGUCCCUUUGGUGGGAACCCUGACGACAUCACAGUCUUUGGAGCAAGCUCCGGGGCUUCCAGCGCAUCGAUUCUGUACCUGUCUCCUUUGACGAGAGGGAAAUUUCAAAAGGUUGAGUCUUACGGAGGUAACAUGGUGUGGCUGCCGGUUGUGGAGACGACUUUUGGCGUGCUGCCGGAUACUCCGAUCAAACUGCUGAACGACAAGCAAAACCUGAUGCAUAUCCCGACCAUUUACGGUUACACCAAAGAGGACAGCUCCUGGCUAGUGCCUGAUCCUGAAAAUGACGGUGUAACUUUGAUCGAAUUUAACACCAUUCUUCGAAGCAUCAUCGCCAAUCUCUUUGACAGCGAUAGUCGGAUUCAGAACGAGCUUUACAAAAAUGUCCUCAAAGUUUACCUACCCGGUGAGACGUCAAAGACAAAGACCCCGGAGGAACUGAGGGAUAUUUUGGUGAACGUUUUGACAGACGGGUUUAUGACUGGAUGCAUCAUUCAAGAAGCGCGGCUUUUCGGACGGCCGAAAGAAGGAAUAAUAGCCCAGGCGAACAGCUACGUGUACGAGUUUGCUCACAGACCCAGUUACUCCCCUUAUCCCAACUGGUGGGGUGUUGCACACGCUGACGAGAAGGGGUUUGUUUUGGGUCUCCCGGUCGGACCCCAGCCCUUUAUGUAUCCGAACCACAACGCUUCAGAUGCAGAAGUAGCCAACCACGUGAACACGUUGUGGACCAACUUCGCCAAGUUCGGCAAUCCUACCCCUGAACCCCUGGAUGGGGUCACAUGGCCUCAGUUCGGACCUGGGGCGGACCAAGAGAAGAUUCUGCUGAUAAAGGAAGAUCUGGAGGUCACAAACUUUGAUCGUCACGAACAGGUCAAAGUGUGGACCGAACUAUUUAGUGUGAGCUCUGGCUAUCUGGCACGAGCUGACGUCCGGAUGCUUUUUAUCACCCUUUCUAUCCUGAGCGUCACUGUCAAGUGUCUGUUGAAUCUUUAAAUUCUUGUCACAAGCAAUGUCAAGAAAUAAUAAUAGAUGCUUUGCUUUUUUUGUACUUUUGCACAGCACGUAUUUUCCUCAAUUCUCAAUCCAUUAUAUUUGAAUAUAAUCAUGCUCCUUUUUGUUUUUACCCAUGGUAUUAAUUUAUACUUGUUGCACAGAAAGUAGAAUUCUGUGAUUUGUUGUCAGAAUGGUUGACUUUAUGCCUCUCAUUGAUUACCCCCCCCCCUCCCCCUGGUGUUCUUAAAUCUAAGAAG